UGAACUUCCGUCUUAGGGAUCAAAACAUUGAAAAAAUCCCCCCCUCCCUUCGCCGAUACGAUACACGCUCAGUCUCACGCGCGCCACGCCCUUCAUUAACCCGACGCCCUGCCGCUGCCGCUGCCGCUUCCCUUCUCUUCCCUUUCCCCGCCUUGUCCCUCUUCUUCCACACCUCGGGCUGUCCAGACGCGCCGCCCGCCGAGAUGGAGGGGAGGGUGCUGCGGCGCAGCGUCACGCUGGCGGACCAGCUGGCCGCCGUGGGCCCGCCUCCCGUCGCGCCCCAGGGGCAGCCGGGCUCCUACAACCUCCGCGACCUGCUCAAGCUGCGCGACGAGGACGACGGCCGCCGCGCCGCCGCGGUCACCCUCGCCUCCGCCAUGCAGGCCGACCGCCGGGCCUCCUCCUCGCCGCCCUCCUCCAGCGCCGCCGUCGCGGCCGCCGCGGCGCGGACGCUACUCGACAUCAUCCGCGACGACCAGCCGGCCGUGGUCGCCGCCGCUGACCCGUUCGUCCGCCGCGCGGUGUCCCUGCCGGCCCCGCAGACCGCCUCCAGCCCCGCGCUGACCGCACCCGUGGCGCCGCCGCCGCAGCUGACGACGGAUCGGGAGGAGGAGGAGCAGGGGGAGAGGGUGUCCCUCAUGGCGCUGCUGGAGCAGACGGAGAGGCAGUGGAGCGCCGGCGCCACGGCGCAGCAGGAGCAGGAGCAGGAGCCGGUGGUGGCGGUCGCCGCGUCGGAGCGGUCGUCGCAGGACCAGGACGCGCUGGUGCCGGAGGACGACGCGGAGCUGCCGGAGCCGGGCCGAGGCGCCGGCUGCUGCUGCGUGUGCAUGGCGCGGGCCAAGGGCGCCGCCUUCAUCCCGUGCGGCCAUACCUUCUGCCGCGCCUGCGCCCGCGAGCUCCUCGCCGUCCGCGGCCGCUGCCCGCUCUGCAACGCCGCCAUCCUCGACGUCCUCGACAUCUUCUGAUCAAGCUGCCGUGCCGACCUCCCCAUCUGACCGCCUCUCAGCUCGCCGCCGGCGAGAUGAGCUACUGCAGCUGAGAUAGGAUCCAGACGUAGCUAAUAGAUCCCUCCGCCCAUUCUCUGUAAAACCCGGAAGAAAAAGAUGACAAAUGUUGAGCUCCAAACAAUCAUCGUCGAAUGCUGUUACAGCUUGCUUCA